GUGCACAGACUCAGUGCAGCGGACUACUAGUACCUGAACUGAAAGGCUGAAGUGGACUUCUUGCUGCAACUGUAGCGGUGGUAGCGCCUGAGAGCAUUAUUUUGAUGCCUCGAAAGAUGAUGGUGUCGCUUUGCAAUUUGCCGCUUUGGAUUAUCUUGCACUAAAGCGCAGUAAAGGCAACGCAGUCGCAGGUGAACAAGUUAUUAGUUUCGCUCGUGAAAAGUCCGAGCACACCCGCUAUGCAUGCACCCUCCCUGGUGCCGGAAUCUACACAGGCGGGUUAUCAGAAUAGUACAGUUGCACUAUUAUACAAUUUAUAAAUAGUUCAAGCUCCUACCGAUUUCAGCGAGCAACAGCGCGAUGCCAAACUCCAGCGGAAGUCCGGCAGUGUCCGGUUGCGGCCGGCGUAACGACGAAUCGGAGAAAUCUCUGCUGGACGCGGCAAGCGAAGACGAUGCCGAUGAGCUUCAUGGUGGCGGUGGUGGCGUGAGCGCUGAUAGCAUGUCUCCAGCUAGACGCGUUUUUAUUCUGGUCACUCUUGCCACGGCGUCGAUGAGCGGCAAUCUAACUUCGAUCGCAUCGUUCUACACCACGGCAGCUCUGGACAAGAAUCCCGGUGCAGGAAUAGGAUAUCACACAGCGAUUGGAGGCGUUUAUAGUAUUUUCAUGGUGGCAGGAGCCAUCGCCGUACCGUUAUUUAGCAAAGACUUGCCCAACAUCGGUAGUAAAAAUCUGAUAAUUUUGAGCUACUUCAUCACGGGAGUGAGCCAUUCACUGUUUGCGUUUGUCACAACGAUUUCCGACAGUCGAAUAUUCCUCGUCUUCUCCUACUGUAUACGCAUACUAGAGGGAACGGCGUACGUAAUGUCCGCCGUGGCGGUGAUGACCUAUCUCAUGGCCAUGUACCCGACGAACCUCGGCUUUGUCAGCGCGUUUCAGAUGACGUUCCUCGCUAUCGGCCACGUCUUCGGCGUAUUGGGCGGUGGAGCGAUCUACGACAUUGGCGGCUUCAGAGCACCGUUCCUGUUCGGCGGUGCGUUCAACUUGGUGGUGUGUGCCGCACUGUUUCUGUCGCUUAUCGAUGUAGAGGAUCUCGGAGUCAAGCAAAACGGCAGGAAAGGAGCAAAAGCAGCGAGCGCAUGGACCAUCUUGCGAGUUCCGUGGGUUUGGGUGAUGGCAUUCACUCUGCUCAUGGCCAACUUUGGAUAUGGCGGUGUGGAGGCAGUUCUCGGCGCACGUAUGGACAGCACGCUGCACUCACCAGCCGUACUUGUCGGUGCCGUGCUCUCGGUAAAGGCCAUCGGAACGAGCGUGGCGUCGCCGUUCGUAGGCGCUCUUCUCGACCGAGGCGUCAACCCACCACUGUUUAUUGUGCUGGGCAUGCUAUGUGAAACUUUGGGACUUUCCCUUAUCGGUCCGGCAGUGUUUGUGCACGGAACGCCGCCACUGUGGCUGCUGUUCGUCGGAGUUUUGCCGCUGAGUCUGAGCAACGUGCUGAUGCAGGCGUCGAGUAUCAUCAGCAUGUCGCAGCAUCUCGAGGGUGUCGGCGUGGGAGACUGCGUGGAGAUGCGUGCCGCCGUAGCUGGCCUAUCGCGCUUCUCUCUGACCAUCGGCUAUGGCCUUGGGCCUGCGGUCGCCAGUCCAAUGGUGGCCGUUCUCGGCUUCCCGCUGGCUAUGACGGCGAUUGGUCUAGUGUACGCGGGUAUGGCUGUUCUAAUGCUGCCCUUAUCCUGGCUCCAUCAUAUUGCUCUAACGAUUGCACACAAACAAGCUGCCACAGUCAACACUGAUUCUGACGAUGAUGACCUGUAGGCUGUAGUGUAGUCUGGUUUGACAGAAUGAGAAAUGUGACAAAAUCUUGACAAAAAUAGUCGAGUUGGAUUGAAAUUUUGAAAUACUAUGGUACUUUCUAGCAUUCUAAAUAUUUCGUCCCUGAGAACACAAAAACUGUACAUUAUAAUAACAUGACUGAUACACUGGGUAUCAACAGGGCUUCAGUGCCAUGAUGCAUUUUCAAGGUUCCUGAGUCUCACUCUGGCAAGAACAAUGCGUACAGUUUCUACAUGAAAUCUGCUUUAACAAUUCACUCCGUUGUGACCAGAAAUCAAGAAUUUUAAAUUUCUUUUUUUCUUUGAACCUCUGAUUGAUUGGUUGAUUGAUUUUAUUUCACGGAUCCUCCACAGGCAAAUGGAUGCCUCUGCUCUAUGAUAUCCGCACCGUACCGUGCUUUGUGGAGUGAAUUUCUAGUGAUGACAUUAUAAUGGUUAUGCACAGUCGUGCUGCUCAAUUGCUCAUUAUCAUCAGUUAAACAUUAUGUUCCCUCAGCAAUACAAGCAAGCAAAGAUAAAUGUCCGAUAGGCAUUUUCAAAAUCUGGUCAUAUUCAAGUGGUUUGCUAUGGCGUUUGGGAGAAAUACAGUCAUGUACUUGUAAGUUGUAGUGUACAUGUACAUGUACGAUCAUGUAGAAUGAGGCUGAUGCACUGUAGUACCAAUGCCGCUAGCCGAUGAGCUGUAG